GGCUAAACUGCGUAAUGAAGAGGAGUGUUAGCUCAGUACCUGAAUUGUGUUUUUUCUUUCUAGAAGAUUCUUUUCAAAAUUGUCAACUGUUAGGUACCUGCUCGUGUGUACUGUAGUUGUGAAUAUUUAUAAUAGAAAAAAUGAACAACCGACUGUUAGCUACCAAGCUAAUGUAGCAAAAUCAGGUAGGUUUAUUUUGCUAGCUAGCUAACCGACCUGUGGAUAAAGUGUACACACUGACAGACGGACAGCAUGGCAGAAUCAUCGCCGUUGUCGGGAGUGAACGUUGUCUUGGUCAUGGCUUAUGGCAGUUUGGUGUUCGUGCUGCUGUUCAUCUUCGUCAAAAGGCAAAUCAUGCGUUUUGCAAUGAGAUCUCGCCGCGGACCCCAUGCUCCUAUUGGCCACAAUGCACCCAAGGGUUUGAGGGAAGAGAUUGACUCCAGGCUGUCUAAGGUCCAGGAGAUCCGUUUUGAACCUCGUCUCCUGGCAGAAGAAGAUGACAGGCUGAAGCGACAAUCCCAAAUUAGUUGCUACAACUACCUGUACAGGAUGAAAGCUCUGGAUGCCAUCCGUGACUCAGGAAUCCCCCUGCAGGAGAUAAGCCGCAGUCCCAGUGCCUUUACUGGACGCAGCUUCCGGAGCUGGUUGCUGGAGCUGCGCAACUCCCACUCUCUGAUCAAGAGCAGCCGCAGCGCGCUUAUCGAUCGCUUGCUCGAAGGCUACGACAGCGCUCGCCAUGGGACCGGGGUGUUUGGGGAAGCCGAGUUUCUUGAAUACCAACAAGCUCUCAACGAACUGGCUGACGUGGUCAAGGCCUAUUCCAGCUCCACCAGCCUGGACCAGCAUCACCAGUCUGCGGCGAAGGACUUGACCGGUUCUCCUGUCCGGAGCACGGCCUCCACCAUCCAGGUCACCUACCUGCCCUCCACCGGCCAGCGCAGCAAGAGGCCCAAACACUUCCUGGAGCUCAAAAGUUUCAAAGACAACUACAACACGCUGGAGAGCACACUGUGAAAUGAGGACCGUCAGAGCGUUUGUGUGGCGUGUGAGCGUGUAGCGUAAUGAUUACACAGUCUGCUGGGAAACAAGGGGUUGGAACAGACUGUACCUUCAAGUUCAGCUUUAAACCAGCAAAUUUGUUUUGGGACGACUCCUUUAGUUCAGAUGGAGAAUUGUUUUUUUCCUCUUUUUUUAUGGUGAAGCCCGUCUGUGUUCCACUGAGGCCUGUGGUCUUAUUUUGGACCUAAAUUAUGUUCAGAGGACAGAUAUGAUUGUUGCAAAGAUCGCUAAGUUAUUUUUGUAAAAACAGCAAAGUUCAUUACACCUGGAUUCAAAUGGUCUUUUUUCCGCUCAUUGGUCCAAAUGUAAAUAUUACUGUAAUUCUAAAUAUGUGUUUGUACAAAUGUAACAUAUUUAUGGUGAUAAUUUAAUUUAUUUAAUUGAUACUGGUUGGUUUGGAUUUAUGUGACGGUUGUACACGGUUGUGGUUUGAGAUAAAAAUCCUUCUUCUCUGCA